GGAUGUGGCUUCCUGUGUACUCCUUCCAGGUGUUCAGUCAGUUGCGGUCCGUGGUGGGCGGAGCCUCGGUGUCGCUUCACCUGGUCGAGGUGAGUCCGGUGCUGAGUCGUCUUCAGGCCCAGAAUCUGACCGGCAGCCGCAACCGGGAGGCGGACGGCGAGGACCAGCUGGUGUACCGCCGCGGGGAAACCGCCGCCGGGGUCCCGGUGUCCUGGUACCGCCGCCUGGAGGACGUCCCCUCAGGUCUGGAUCAGCUACGCCAAGUACGAGCUGUCCAUCAACAGCUCCGAGCGGCUGCAGAAGUGCCGGCAGAUCUUGGAGGAGGCCAACAAGGGCAUGAGGAACUGCGAGGAGAAGGAGGAGCGGCUGAUGCUGCUGGAGUCCUGGAGGGACUUUGAGAGGGAGUUCGGGUCCGAGAGCUCGAUGGAGAGGGUGAGGAAGCUGCUGCCGGACAAGGUGAAGAAGAGGAGGAAGCUGACGGCCGAGGACGGGUCGGACGCCGGCUGGGAGGAGUACUACGACUACAUCUUCCCAGAGGACGCCGCCAACCAGCCCAACCUCAAGCUGCUGGCCAUGGCCAAGAUGUGGAAGAGGCAGCAGAUGGUGGACGAGGACGGCGACGAGGACGGAGGAAACGAGGACAGAGGAGACGAGGACGGAGGAAACGAGGGCGAAGAAAACGGCGACGGGGGCGAGAAAAGUCCCGAGGAGGCCGAAGAGACGGACGAACCCGCCGCCGCUCCUGAGAACCGGCCGGAGAGAAACGCCGAGGAAACGGAGACGACGGGCGCCGAUCGGGACGACGAAGGCAGCAGCAGUGACAGUGAUGAUGGAGGGAAGAAAAAGGAGGAGGAGAAGGAGAGCAAGAGUGGAGAGGAAGAUAAAGAGUAGCUCUCCGCUCUGGAUCCAUUUUUCUACCCAUCUGUUCCUGUUUUCUUUUCUUUUUUACAAAAAGCAGCCGAUGAGUGUUUAUUGUACGACGUGUUUUCUGCAUUAUACAAACAUCAAUUUUUCAUAAUAAAACGUGAGAAUGUACAGGAAAUGAAACCGUGAUUGAUCCUCUUUGGGACCAACAGCUGGUCUGUCACAGCGUGACUAUGUACAACGUGAAUAGCCCGUGAUAUUAAAUAUGAUAAUAACGUUAUGAGGGUGCAGGGAGCCACGGCGACCGCUACUCGAUGUCCUCCGGUCUGACGGGGUGCGGCAGCGGGACGAUGGACUUCUUCUCCGUGUCUCUGGACAAAGCUUUCCUCAUGUCUGCAACCAGGAGACAACAAGGUCAGGGUUCCUUCUGGAGCAACAGCGCCCCCUUAUGGUGAAACAAGAGGCUUUAUAUUUACACUUAUGGGUCAGUUCAUCUAAAUACAUUUGAUUUAGUUUUCUUUCAUUUGUCCAUGUUUUGAGAUAUUUCUUCUGAAACUUUAAAUUCAAAGCUUUGAAAAUAAAAACGGGUCCUUUUGCAGAAGGAUUUAUUUAAUGUA